AUGGCCAGUACAACAGUGGCCGGUCUCGUCUGGUCAACGCCCAACACGCCGGCAUCCGAGGUCCUUGCCAGAGAGUCCGACGUUCCGAUGAACCGGACUGUGCGAGCACCCGCACAACCAACGGUACCGGCGGCCACAGUGCUCGCUGAUCGCCGGCCUGCAGCCCUAUCGUUCGACGUUUCUGUCAGGGGCGGAGACAGUCUUGCCGCAGCCUGCGGUGGGGAAUCGGACUCAGGCAUUGCAGACGUUCGACGCCAUCUUCGGCCGACCAACACCAGUCCUCCUCCAGCCUCCGCUUCGCCCUCCUUUGCCACCGGAGGCCUCUUCUCCAGACUCAUACGUCUGCGCCGGCCCGCGAAAAAGUCCCUGUCGCCUGGCGUCACCUCGGUCGCCAUGACGACCGGUUGGAGGGCCAACUCCGCUCCGGCCAGUCCUCCGCGGUCCGGACGGACGCCAUUUUUGCGUCAUACAGCCCGUCGUGUCCCCUGUCCCCUCGACGUGAGUCUAGACGGCCAGUUGGAGAAAAGAGCGCCAGUCGGGCUGAACAGAUCCAGCCUGCUCAGCUCAACGACGAGCCAACUGUCGAGUGAGUCCGAGGCAGAGGCGACCGCGGUUCCGAUCAAGGAUUCGGACACAACGACAGCGGCCAUCGUGACGGGCUUGCGCGAGUCCUGGCAUCUCAGCUUGCCGGAUCCCAGCUCCAGCUGUUUCCUGCUGCCUCCCGGAGGCCUGACAACAGACUCGGCUUCAGUCAACUCCACUCAGAGUCUGCGAUUGACGCGUCUCCUCGGCAGAUCUCGCAGACCGCGCUCAGGUCAACCGGAGACAAUGAGGGAUCGAAGUCAAGGCAACAACGCACUGGCUGCUGAGGCCGUGAUUACACGUCCGAUUUUUCAGUUGCCAAUGCGUUGCCGACCGGCUGCAAAAGAUGCGACGGCCAAAGCGAGCCAGCGGUUCAGUACGCCUUUGAUGGCGAUAUGGAGUCAGAGCCCUGGCGUCGGUAGACAUCAUGCAGAGCCCGGACUGGGGGCAGCAGAGUCGACGGAACAUGGCAACGAGCUGCUGGACGUCAGGACAAAAGGAGGAAAGAGGAGUCUGCUCCGGUCGGGAUCUGAAGUGGGCCAACCGUCCGCGUUGAGGUCGCGACAACCAUCUCGAGCAGCCUCUCCAACCAUAAUCGAGGUGUGUGCUAGGGUCACUAGGUUUCACACAAUUGUCUCUAGCAGGGACCUCGGUCAUCAUGUAUAUUUUCGCUGA